AUGCAGGCCAAAUUCGCACUUGUUGUCCUCCUCGGAGCCGUCAGCACCUCAGCCGCUACCAUCAAGCGCCAGGCCACCGGCGGAGCCGACUUCGGCAAAUGUACUCCCACGAUGGACUUCCAGCUGGGCCGUCCUGGACGUAAAGCCGACCAGGGAACUUUCCUGCCGACUGAUCCUCUCGUUGCAAAGGGUCAACAAGACGCUCUGAACCCCGGCAUCAUCACCAACCGAAUCUGCGAUCAACUCACCAACGUUUGCGAGGCCAACCAGGCCGCCAAGGACCUAUGCCAGCAGGCCAAGGCUCAGGUCCAGUCUGCUGGAACGAAGGACGCAUCGGCCGCGACUACCUUCAACCAAGCUUUGGGAUUCAACUAG